AUGGCUAUCAAGAAUCCAUCUCAGCCACCCAAACACUGCGUGCUGCCGUGUACUUGGAUGCGUGCAGGUACCUCAAAGGCUUUGUUCAUCAACAGAAAGAACUUACCUGGUAGUUCCCUUGAGUGGGGACGGCAUUUAGUCUCCGCUCUGGGUUCUCGGGGAAAUGAUUCUCGCCAGAUUGAUGGAAUUGGUGGUGGCUUGUCUACAACUUCCAAGGUCGCCGUGGUAGCCGUGUCAGACCGCCCUGAUGCUGAUAUUGACUGGACAUUCGUCCAGGUCGCAGUGGGGCGAGAUUCUAUAGACAUGACAGGAACAUGUGGCAAUGUAUCGUCUGGCGUAGGGCCUUAUGCUUUGCAAAGUGGUCUUGUCAAACGCAGGCCUGGUGAAAAAAAGAUGGACAUCCGGAUAUACAAUACGAACACCGAUAGCAUAAUCGUGGAGACGAUGCAGCUUGACGAAGCUGGCAAUUUCUUGGAAAUUGGCAACUAUGCCAUGCCCGGAGUUCCCUCCCCGGGCAGUGAAGUCAGAUGUGCAUUUUUGCAUCCAGCUGGAAGCAUGACGGGGAAAUUAUUCCCUUCAGGUCAGCAGCAACAAACUUUGCGCAUAAUGCCAUACCCUAACUUGAUGACGGGAGCGGCACCGUUCGAUGUGCGAGUGACCUUAAUCGAUGCAGCCAACCCCUUUGUUUUCAUCGAUGCUACAAGUAUGCCUGUACCAGAUCCCUCGUUACCUGACGUGGCUGUACAUGCUAUUAUUGAAUCUAUUCGCUGUGAAGGUGCUGUUGCUAUGGGCCUAGCAUCAAACGUGGAAGUCGCAUCCAAGACGAGAGGGACGCCAAAAGUUGCCCUCCUGUACCCUCCGCCAAUCUCACAGGGCGGCUUAGGUCAGGCUAAUAUUCGGGUUCAGUCAUACUCCAUGGGUCUUCCUCACCCAAGCUUUCAACUCACUGGAGCUGUAUGCCUGGCGACGGCGUUGAAUUAUAAAGGCACAGUCGCAGCCGGGUUGUGCCAAAACUCGCCUAAUGAAGUCGCUUCCUUCUCUUCUACGAGGCCAGAAAAGGGAGCAUCAAAAAGCUCAGUCGUGGAGAAGAAGUUUGCAAUAGCUCAUAAUAAAGGGGUCAUAGAAGUAUUUACCACAAUUGAUAGCAAUGGAGAGGUGCAAAGCUGUGCUGUUUCACGCACUGCACGAAAACUAUUCGAGGGCAACGUAUCCUAUUAUAUAUAG